GUUUUUUGGUUAGACUGCGUACUUGUCCUAAUUUUGAGACUGAAAAUUUCACGAACAACUGCCUAUAUAUCAACCUUUCAACUUUCAUAUAGCGAUGAAGCUGCUGUUGGUUUGUUUGUCCGCAAUGUUCUCAUUGGUUAGUAAAUUAGUUCCUAUAUAUAAUUUAGACGUUUGGGUUAGCCAGGUUAGCUAUAACUAAUCAUCUAAAAAAGCGUAUAACUAUCUUUUUCUUUCUGAAACAAAAUGUACAUUAGAGAAAGAUAGAGAAAGCGAUUGUUCUGUGAUGUGCUUUCAUUUUCAUCAAUUUUUAUCUUUCCAAUUUAGGCGUUUGCAGCGGUGCUGCAGCAAGAUGUUGAAUUUAAAAGAACUGCUGAGGUAUGAUCUAGCAAAUACUGAUCAUUUUAUUUUUCGCUCAUCUGAAAAAUAUUUUCAAACUGAUAAUUUGAAAUGGUAGAUGUCACUGCAGUUAUGAAUAUCCAACCAUAUAACAUUUGGCCUUUCUUUACUGAGAAAGCAAACAACCCUGAUUUUGGUUGACUAUAUAUUAUAUAUAACCACGUUUUGGUGCUUUUUUACAUUUCAAAGGGCUAUAAUAAUUAUCACUUAUAUAUGGAUUGUUUUGAAUUUUAAACUUUUACAUGUUGCCUAACAGUGUUUGUUGAAAACAUGUUUAUUUGGUAUUAAUGCAUGAAUUAUAAAAUAAUGAAAAAUUGUGGUAGCUACAAUCAACGAUAUUGAAAGCAUGGGGCGCUUAGAUGGGGUGCACAAUUGCGAAAAUAACAUGUAAAACGCAAUUUCAAUGUUGCUGUGUGUGAUGGGAGAUUUACAGCAUGUGAACGGAAUACAAGACAAGAUUGCUUCGUGUGUCUUGUGAAUCUUAUAGUUUAACCACAUUAAGCGGGUGGGAGGGGGAUUAUGUUACAAUCUCAAUUUAACCAGUCAGUCCGCGUAUUUUGUCACUGAUUGAAGUUUUUGAAUCGGCAAAUAAGCCAUCAGGAAAUCAAGUUUAUUUGCAGAGGUUAGGAAUUUCGCUUGACACCGGAUUCCAAGAGCCUCAAACGCGCGCAACUACAAUACACGUAAAAACUUAAGUCUUGCGUAAACACUAACAUGCUGGGCGGUAUAUUUAUUUAUAUUUCUUGAAUUUUUUUAUAGGAUGCAAGUAUGAACCGUUUUGAAACAGUCGAUUUAACAAGCAGCGAUGAAGAUGAAGAAAAACGAAUCUUCCUCCCAAGCAAUCUCUGUGGCGAUACAUGUAAGCUAUAAGUCAUAAGAUGCAUGACUAAUAUUUUCGAAAUCGUUCUGUCCCUUAAGGAAAUUGUGAUCAUUAUCAGCGCUAACGAAAUCACUCCAGGCCCAUUGUUUGAAUAUACUGUAAUUUUAUUUUCUGUGUUGGUGCAAUGUACUCAGGUGAAUAAGAUGCUUGUGAUGUUACUCUGAGUGUAUAUCCACACCGGGCCUAGAUAUCGAAGGAACUAGAUUCUGUUCCGAAAUAUCACAUACUCGAACCGACCAGACCACGUAGCUCAGUUGGCAGAGCAUUGGGCUAGCAUUCCAAAGGUCGUAGGUUCGAUUCCCACCGUGGUCAGGCAUAUUUUUCAAGCUUGCCCGGUGUGGAUAUACACUCAGAGUAACAUCACAAGCAUACUGUAGUUUGUUUCGUCAGGUGAUGGUGUCCAAAAGGAAGAAUAAAAAAUUCUCCUUUUCUUGUAUUUUUCAUAUCUUAAUAGUAUCUUGUAUUUUUCAUAUCUUUUUCAUAUCUUAAUAGUUUACAAGUCAAUUCAAACAAAAUCUUCCCUUACAUGCAUUGAGGGAAUUCACCAAUACAAUUACCACUAUAUAACCUUUUUUAACUUCCUUCUUACAAAUUUCUAUCCAGAAAAUUAUAUGAACUAAACUAAUUUUACUUUGAUGCAGUUUAUAUUAUAGACUCGCUAUGUACACGAGCAAGCAAUCAUAAUUCUACUUAAUAAAUAUACCCAGUGGUGUGGUCCUAAAAUUUUACCAAGGAGGGGGGGGUGUCACCAAAGAGGUCUCGAGGCAUGAAAUAUCAGAAAUUUAAAAAUUUAUAGGGUCUAGGUUCCAUCAUAUUAAAACAAGAUGGACUUAUUAAAGUCAAAAUAUCAGAUUAUUGGUGUGGCCUUAAAAAUCGAACAGAAAUAAAUUGAAACAGCAGCGGUGUUUUAAUUGUAGAAUAAAUCCACUAAUCUUAUUAAAUUAGUACAAAUUUGAUACAUUUUCAUAGACUAUUUCAGUCUUGCUUAAAUCUUAAGGGAGCCCCAAUGAAAGAAAGUUAAGCACUUUUAACACUGACAACUGCAGUGAAACUUAUUUACAUUUUUUUUUUCAUUUCUGUUUAGGCAAAAGUGGAUAUGUUCAAUCAAAAUAUUGUACAACUGCUGCAAAAAUAUGUUUUGGAAGGGGCCAAAUUGUAAAUGUCCGUUUUGUCCCCGCAUUUAAGGAUAUACCAAAAGUAGUGAUUGGCUUAACUCUGGUUGACACUCACAAAGAUCACAAUGUUCGUGUUCAUGCUACUGUGGAAUCUGUAACCAGAACCGGAUUCAACAUUAGAUUCAAGCCAUGGGAUACAUCUAUCACUUAUCGAAUUGGUGUCAACUGGAUGGCUUGUCCAUGAACAUAGAGAGCACGUGAACGAUGAUUAAAUAACGUGUAUUUUUGUAGUUAAAACUUUGAUAAGG